AUGAGUGGAGUGAAACAUGAUGUGAAAUUUCUCAAACUGAAAUCCAUCAUUGGCUUUGACGGGAAUGCUCCAAAAAGCUUAUGGGUCCACCCUGAUGGAGAGCACAUUGUCUAUCCAUUUGGAAUUAAAGUUGCAGUAUACGAUCUUAAACGGCAUGAGCCUGAAUAUUUGGAUGGACAUUCAAAUGUUAUUUCAACUGUAGCCCUCUCCAAGACAGGAAAAUAUGUUGGAUCCGGGCAGAUAAACCACAUGGGUUUCAAGGCUUUAGUCUUUGUGUGGGAUUGGGAAACUAAAAAGCCAGUUCUCUUCCAUGAAUCUCACAAAGUUCGAGUAGAAAGUGUGGCAUUUUCCUCUUGUGAAAACUAUGUUAUUUCCCUAGGAGGAAGAGAUGAUGCAAAUGUUGUUGUAUAUGAUUUAAAUACAAGUGAAGCAAUUUGUGGUACAUUUUCAUCAAACAGAAAUGCUGGAGAUGCCCUCACUUUGGCAGCUUUGAAUUUAAGAGGGAUAUGUUUCUUAUCUGGUGGAGUAUACACUCUCAAAGUGUGGACUUUAAACCCCAAAAAUCGAGCUGUUUCCAGCGUUGAUGUAACACUGCGAAAAAUAAAAAGAAAAAUUAAUUGUAUUAUCGUGGAUGAUGAUGAUGUUUUUGCCUGGUGUGGGACUAGUACUGGUGAUAUAAUGAAAGUUAAAUUAAACUUCUCAAAAAAUUUGAACGAUUUCUUUCCAGUAUUCCCUCCUACUUUAGUUGCAUGUUAUGCAAAGCAUCCAAAAGGAAAAGGAAAUCCAAAUAAUGUGACACUGUGGCACUCAGGUGUCAGGUGCUUAAUAUUAGUAGGUGAUAAAAAAUUAAUUGGAGCUGGGGAUGGAACUAUUGAAUUAGUUGAAGAAAAGGAAGCAGUCAUCGACACAAUGAAUAAGACAUCAAAGCUGUCAACUCCUACUUACCCAUUAUUCAGAGUGGUAAAGCAUGCUGAAGUUGGUUCUUUUGUAACAUCCAUGCAACUACAAGGAAAAAACAAAGUUCUAAUAGGAACAAUAAAGUGUGAAAUGUUCAUAAUGGAUCUAGAUGAAUUCCAACCAAAACUGAUAAUAUCCUGCCAUACAUCUACUAUAUUUGAUAUUGCUUUUCCAGCUGGCUAUUCCCAUGUUUUUGCAACUGCCAGCAAAGAUGAUGUCAGAGUAUGGAGCAUUGAGCAAUCAAAAGAGCUUCUUAGGAUCACAGUACCAAAUUUUACUUGUUCUAGUGUGUUAUUUUCUCAUGAUGGAAGAGCUAUUUGGACUAGCUGGAAUGAUGGAAAUAUACGUGCUUUUACACCACAAAGUGGGAAGCUUAUUACAACAAUAUUUGACGCUCAUAAUAAAGGCGUUUCUGCAAUAGCGGCGACUAAGGAUGGCAAGAAACUUUUGAGUGGUGGAAUAGAAGGGCAGAUACGAAUAUGGGAAUUAAAAGGCAUUUAUCAAAAACUAACAGCAGUUUUAAAAGAACAUAAAGGUCCAGUAUCUUCUAUUGAUAUUGCACCAAGUGAUUUAGAAGCAGCUUCAGCUUCAACAGAUGGUACUUGUAUUAUUUGGGAUAUUCAGAAAUGUGUCAGAGUUGCAAUUUUAUUUUCCCAAACAUUAUUUAUGGGAGUUAAGUACCAUCCAUCCGGUUGCCAGCUUUUAACCUGUGGAACUAAUCGCCAAAUUGGAUACUGGGAGAUAUUUGAUGGUUCUCUUAUAAGAGAAGUUGAAGGCUCAAUAUCAGCAGCUCUAAAUACAUUAGAUAUUAGCCAUGAUGGUAACUUUUAUAUUACAGGAGGAAAUGAUUACUAUGUUAAGGUUUGGUUGUAUAAAGAAGGAAUAACUACGCAUAUAGGACUUGGACAUCCUGCAGUUAUAACAGCAGCAGCAAUAGCUCCUGAUUGUAGCCAUAUCGUUUCAUGUUCAGCUGAUGGUGCAAUUUUUAUAUGGAAAUCUCCAUAUAAUACAUUACCUACAGUUGAAGCUCAAAAAGCAAAGAAGGAAAAAGAAGAAAACAUUGGAGGCAUAUCCCAUGAACAAUCAGUAAAAUCAGUUAGCCAACCAACAGAUGAUAAUACAGAACAGAGGAAUAAGUCUCUAGAAGAAAGUAAAAUAAAAACUCCAGAAGGAAGUACAACAAAAUCUUCAGAAAGAAUUAAAAUUAAAUCUUCAGAAGGAAGUAAAAUUAAAUCGCCAGAAGGAAGUAAAACAAAAUCUUCAGAAGGAAGUAAAUCAAAAACUCCAGAAGGAAGUAAAACAACAUCUCCAGAAGGAAGUAAAACAAAAUCUCCAGAAGGAAGACCAACAAAAACACCUCCUACAGAAGGAUCAAUUAAAUGUUACUGUACAGAAACAUGUGGCUGCAAACCAAAUAACCCACCACACAGUCCCAAAUCAAGGCUAGAAAUUGAAGCUGAGAAAAAAAUUAAAAUGGCUGAAGAAGAUAGAUAA